GAUCGUUACCUGUUUUUAGUUCAAAUAUAUACUUACACUGAGUUACACCGUCCAAUUAUAUGUUCAUUACACAUACCUAUAAAGUAAGUAGUUACGCGUUCUUGAUUCAAUCGUAUUCAGUCGACUAUAGAUACUUGUAUAUUGCACAAAUACUUCACUUACGCAAACUGAAAAACUUCGCAAAACAAUGUUUGCUUAUUUGACAGUUAUCACUAUGCUGUGUUUGGGACGAUCGGAUAGAGUUUCGUCGCUGAUGUAUCCGCACGACUACGGUCCGACGCUGUUCGCGAGCGCCGGCAACGUGACGUUCGACUUCGUAGUGGUGGGCGGCGGUAGCGCCGGCGCCACGGUCGCAGCCCGCCUCAGCGAGAUACCCAAAUGGAAUGUGCUGCUGUUGGAGGCGGGUGGCGACCCGCCGAACUACACGGAGACGCCGCUCAGGUACAGCGACGCGCUGACCAGCGACGUCGACUGGACGUUCAUCACGGAACCCGAACCGCGCCUGUUCGGCGGCCUGGAAAGCGGCCGAUGUCUGGUGUCCAGGGGCCUGAUGUUGGGCGGGUCGUCGUCCAUGAACGCCAUGAUGUACUUGCGGGGCACCAGGCGCGACUUUGACGAGUGGGAGCGGCUGGGCAACGCGGGCUGGGGGUUCGGCGACGUGCUACCGUACUUCGUCAAGUCGGAGAACUUCACGGGCGGCAGCGGUCGGCGGGACGCGGUGCCGCACGGCCGCGACGGCCCGCUCACCGUCGGCCCGCUGGUUUCCAUCGACCCGGCGUACUCGGCGGUCGCGGACGGCAACCGGCUGCUCCGGUUGGCCGAAUUGGACGACAUGAACCGGUUCGCGCCCCCGGCGAUCGGCUACGGGCCGCUGGACUUCACGGUGCGCGACGGCCUCCGGUGCAGCACGCUCAAGGCGUUCCUGUUGCCGGCCAGCGAACGGCCGAACCUGUUCGUGGCGAAAAACGCCAGGGUGACGCGGGUGAUGGUCCAACGGACCGAUUUUCCGGGCGGCGGAAACCGCGCCAGGGCGGUGGGCGUCGAGUACGUCGGGCCGGCGGGGCGAACGGGACGCGUGUACGUGACCCGCGAAGUGAUACUGUCCGCGGGCGUGAUCAUGAGCCCUCAGAUUCUGAUGGUGUCGGGCGUGGGACCCGCGAGACAUUUGCGCCAACACGGAAUCCACGUUCUCAGCGACUUGCCGGUCGGCUACAACUACCAGGAUCACGUUUCGUUCGCCGGACUGGUGUUCAGCGACCGGAAGGACAGAUCCCGAGCCGACAUAGCCCGUGAGAGCGCCGACCUGACCCGGGCCACGUUCGACUUGGUGUCCAGAGGCGUGGGCACGUUGGGCCUGACAAACCUCGUGAGCUUCGUCGACACCGCGGACAAGGGUCACGCCGACGUGCAGGUCGUGUACCUCAGGUAUCCGUACAACAGCACGAGGAACACACCGAACAAACGGAGCAGGCUGUCGAACAUGUUCGGAUACUCGGACCGAGUGGCAACGCUGUUCGACGAUCUGAACAAACUGAGCGACUCCGUGCUCGCGAUACCUAUUAACGUCGACGGCCGAAGCACCGGGCGCGUGGUCCUGCGGUCGGCUGACCCGUUGGCGCGCCCGAAGAUCUACACCAAUUACUUGUCGUACGACGACGAGAUCGAGACGCUGCUGCGCGGAAUCGAUUUCGUCGUGCAACUGUCAAAAACCAAGCCGAUGGUAGACGCGGGACUGAAGCUGGAACCAGUCGCGUAUCCAGACUGCACGGCUCACGCCUGGGGAACCAGGGACUAUUGGGUGUGCGCUAUUCGUAACGUUGCCACGUCGUUCUAUCAUCCGGUGGGCACGUGCCGGAUGGGUCCCACCUGCGAUCAGCGGUCCGUCGUCGACACCACGCUAAACGUGAUAGGCGUGCGGGGUCUCAGGGUGAUCGACAGUUCGAUAAUGCCCAAAGUCGUUUCGGUAAACACGAACGCCGCGACCAUAAUGAUCGCCGAAAAGGGAUCGGACAUUAUAAAAAAAUAUUACGGUAAACUCCCGUAAAGUAUACAAAUAAUACGUAUAAUAUGAUGUAGAAUUACACACACAGACACGUCUGUCCGUAGAAGUCUUGAACUAGAUCAUAUAAUGUUAUAAUAAUAUACUAUAUAUGUAUUGUAAUUUUAGAAAUACAUUGUACAUAUAUCCCGACUUCGAUCGGUUCAAAAUUAA